AUGUUCCGCAGUCCGAGGCCUCAGCUCCUGGACACCGUUGCGCUGAGCGAUGCCCUAGCAGCCACGCUUCCAAAAGCUCCUGCGAAUAAACCAACAACACGGCCAAACGAGCAGAAACUUGACGUGGUCAUCGAUCCUGUUGUCGAACCCCUAAGUGAGUCUAUGGAACACUUUCAGGUACGAGCAUUGCCGAAACAGGGACUUUUUGUGGACGACGUACACGAGGGGUUGAGUAAUGCGCCUCUGAGGGUUCGCUAUGAAGUUUGCCGGGUGGCUUUGGCCAACGGGAUGCAGCCUUACGACAUCAUGUCCACGUACAGACGGCGUUAUGACAGCCAGAGUGCCUUGGCCGAUUAUUUCAAGAGUCAUCCGCUGGUCAGAAAAAUGCCAAAGGCUUCAUCUUCCAAGGCCUGGAUCGCAGCGGGCAAGAAUUUCGAGAACGUCACUCUCAAAGGAAAGCUGAGCAUCACUCCUGUCAACGAAGGCCCGCUCUUCCGCAUGACUCUGGAACCUUUGCAGAUAGAACAGUCGUGUCGCUUUCAGCGCGCAUUCGGUGGCGAUCGAUUCCUGUACAUCGAUGUACCAUCUCUGUUCGAAGCUGAUCUGCCUAGCCAUCUGAAGAACCAGUGUAACUUGAAGCGCAGACUCCGGGAAUGGCUCCAGGUUGAGCACAGAUUCCUCGGAAGAACCUGGCGUGCUUUGAUGCUAGAAGACCGGAAGCGGAAGAAGUCGUACACUCAGAAAGAUCCGGACAAAGGGCAGCGCAUCACGCUUUUCGCGACAAGUGGCUGCGACAGUAUCUGGAACGAGCCGCUCAGUGUGAAUAAACCUGAGACAAGCAUUGGGGAGUUGAUCGAUUGGUUUUUGUGCAUCAAGAAGAAUAGCCACCAGCCUUUCCCUAAGGCAUACGCCCGACUGGAACUAGGCUUAUCGCGCACGCAUCCUGCGUUGAUCUUCCGCCCUAGCCAGAUACGAAGGAUCCAAGACGUGCACGCCGAUGGGACGCCUGAAGCUACAUGCUUCAAUGAUCAAGCACUGCUUUGGGAAGAUAUACAUGAUCCGGAAACGGUGAUGAACGACGGCUGCGCGAGGAUGUCAGUCGGUGCGGCAUUUGAAGUAUGGAAGGCCCUUGGAAAGCCGGGGCCUGUUCCUAGUGUUUUCCAGGGUCGCGUUGCUGGUGCAAAGGGUCUUUGGAUGAUCAGCGCGCCAACAUACUCGGAGCAUCCUGAUGACCGCGAGGUAUGGAUUGAAAUAUCCGACAGCCAGAAUAAGUUCGAGCCUCACACCGAAGACUUGUCGGACGAGCUGUGCGACAAGAACCGCCUUGCAUUCGAAGUACUCACUCAUUCGAAGCAACCGAGAGCGACCGCUCUUCAUGUCUCGUUCAUCCCAAUACUGCUUGAUAGGGGAGUGCCACGGGAGCAGCUGAAGGACCUUGUCGUGGACUAUCUUGGCUAUGAACGCCAACAACUGAUGGAGAACGUUACGAAUCCUGUGUGGCUUCGCAAGUGGGUUAACGAGCAAAAUUCCCUUUCAGAAGAGAGGAACCGUCAAGGUGAUUUAGUUUGGCGAGCGGGCCUCCCGCUCCAGCCCGUGGAGGAAGCCAUCUUCCUACUGGAGUCCGGUUUUACACCUACUAGCAACCAGUUCCUUGCUAAAAGCGUGCAAAAGCUUGUCGAACAGUAUCUCCUCAAGUUGAAAGUUCGCCUUACCGUCCCACUGGGCCGCUCGUCAAACCUCUGGGGCAUUGCAGACCCCUGUAGUACUCUCGAACCUGGCGAAGUGCAUCUGAACUUCUCUACAAAUUUUCAGGAUGAAAAGUCUGGUGAAGUUUAUCCACUGCUGGACGGCAGGGAUGUUCUCAUCGCCCGUCACCCUGCACUAAGGCGGUCUGAUAUUCAAAGGGCGCGGGCAGUCUUUAAGCCAGAGCUCAGUCAUCUUACAGAUGUGAUCAUUUUCUCGGCCAAGGGAAGGUUCCCUCUUGCGGCAAAACUCCAAGGCGGUGAUUAUGAUGGCGACACCUUCUGGGUCUGUUGGGAACCGGACCUAGUGCGGUUGUUUAAGAAUGCACCUGCGCCUUUCCGCCCACCAAAGCCAGAAAAUUACGGCAUUAAGGUUGAAAGAACCAAACUCGCAGAGCUGACAACAGGUCCAGAUAUAAUCGAUAGCUUUCUUGAGAGGAGCCUUGCUUUUAGGAGCAACGCUAGCAUGCUCGGACGAGCGACCAACGACCACGAGAGCUUAUCGUACACUAAGAACACAUUAGACUCUCCCGGCACGAACGCCUUGGCCGAUUUACACGAUCUUCUUGUCGACUCGGCGAAGAAUGGCUAUGUGUUCGACGAAAGUGCUUACCGAGAAUACUGCCACAAGAACCCCCAUAUCGGCAAGAUCACGGCUCAGCCGGCCUAUAGACAGUACAUUAAGGAACUAGCUGGCAGUCGGGAUGUGAACCCCCGCAAAUUUAGACCCAAUAAGCAGCACAUUGCCGACUACCUCCUCUUCGAUAUCGUUUUGCCUCACGUGGAAGAGACGCUUGUCCAACUGAAAGCCGCCUUUGGCGGGAGCGGCACGUCCGACUCUGACCUGCCAGCUCUCUACUUGGAGGAGAAAAACGCCGCUGAUGAGGUCGGAUCGCGCUCAGCGGCGCUCAAAGCCUUGAAGGACGACCUAGCCAAGAUCCGCCAGGGUUUCAACGAGCAAUAUGGCAGGAACAAGCGCAGCGGCGCCACUGGUUUAGACGGAUACAGCCAAAACAUUGAGCAAUGCUACCAGAGAUACAUCGUCGUCGCGCCUUUCAACCCGUCCGACGACCCGGCCAUCAUCCGCUGGACGAAGCCAAUGGUCCCUGGCGCUUUCACGUACUGGUCCCUCAUCAAAGCUUCGGCGCUGUACCACCUCUACGAUCAGAAGCUCGACUUUGUCUUUGGUCUUGCGGGGAGAGAGCUGGCAUAUCUUAAGGCUUGCGCUUGCGGGAAGGACGGUGUCAGGUUUUUAGUGCCACGGAUGUGGGCGAAUAUGAAACCGAGGAAGAUCAAGGGAGGGGUUACGGAAGAGGAGCAGUUGGAUAGCGAGUAUGAGACUGCUGCUGAGGAAGAGAUGGAAGAGCAUGAUGAUGGGUGGAACGCUGAUGACCUGUCCUAA